UAAGUUCUUCACUUCCUUAGUAACUAUAUUCAUUACUCCACUGAUUAUAAACUUUUCAAAUCCCUUCUUCUUAUCCGCAACACAUAAUGAUGAAGAGGGCUAAAUUGUCAACUUUGUUGAUGUUAUAUUUCUUCACUGUUUUUACACUUGCAAAUGCAUCUCUUAAGAUUGGUUACUACCAUUCAAGUUGCCCAAAUGCAGAAUCUAUUGUGAGAAAAGCAGUGGACAAAGCCGUGUCUCGUAACCCUGGCCUUGGCGCUGGCAUCAUCAGGAUGCAUUUCCACGAUUGUUUUGUUAGGGGAUGUGAUGCCUCAAUCCUUUUGGAUUCAACUCCAGGGAAUCCAGCAGAAAAAGAACAUCCAGCUAAUAAUCCAAGCUUACGAGGCUAUGAAGUGAUUGACGAGGCAAAAAUUGAGCUAGAAUCUGUUUGCCCACAAACAGUUUCUUGUUCAGAUAUAAUUGCAUUUGCUGCAAGAGAUAGUGCUUUCAAGCUUGGAGGCAUUAGAUAUUCAGUCCCAUCAGGUCGUAGAGACGGAAGAAUAUCCAUUAAAGAUGAACCAACCGCACACCUUCCCCCGUCCACUUUAAAUGCUGGAGAACUUGAGGAAAAUUUUGCGAAAAAAGGACUUUCUUUAGAUGAGAUGGUAACACUUUCGGGUGCACAUUCAAUUGGAAGAUCACAUUGUUCUUCGUUUUCCGACAGACAUUACUCUUUCAAUUCAACUCACACGCAAGAUCCUACGAUGGAUCGUAGAUUAGCCCAACAAUUGAUGAAGAGAUGUCCGCGUCCUAAUUCUAACACUGGGAGUACUGAUCCAAUUGUUCCACUUGAUGUUGUUACUCCAAAUAGGUUGGACAAUAAGUACUAUGUCAAUUUGAAAAAUAACAGAGGACUGUUAACUUCGGAUCAGACGCUAUGGAACAGUCCAUCAACGGCUAGGAUGGUGAGGAGUAACGCGAUUCAUGGUGCAAAUUGGGAUCGUAAUUUUGCAGCUGCAAUGGUAAAAAUGGGAUCCAUCGAGGUUAUGACUGGGAUGCAGGGAGAGAUCAGGAAGAACUGCAGGGUUGUGAAUUAAUCGAGUGAUCUUUUUUCUGGUUGAUUUUUUUAAUUGUAUCACCAUUUUUUUUUCUUCAUUUUUAAUGUCAAGAACAAGUGUAACUGAUUCUUUCCAAUUGUAAUUUAAAUUGUUGUAAGAGAUUUUGCUUAUUUUCAUGGUUAAGAUAUAUUGGACAACUUC